UAAAGUUACUGCUGCAUGCUUCCCUCAUGGAAACGUCUGGAUUUGGAGUCAUGAAAAAAGGAAUGGCCAGCAGUGGUCAGAAUAAGUAAAGCACAAUCAUGAACCAGGCUUUGCCUUAUUAUAUCUGCUCUUUUUGGGGACUUCUGCCCUUUUGGCUUCUGUGUUCAUCCUCUACCGACAAAUGCACUGUGAGACACGAAGUAGCUGACUGCAGUCACCUGAAGUUGACUCAAGUCCCCGAUGACCUCCCCACCAACAUAACAGUGCUGAAUGUUACCCACAAUCAACUCCGGAGAUUACCUUCUGCCAAUUUUACAAGAUACAGACAACUCACUAUCUUGGAUGGAGGAUUUAACUCCAUAUCAAAACUGGAGCCAGAAUUGUGCCAAACACUCCCUUUGCUGAAAGUUUUGAACCUCCAGCACAAUGAGUUAUCUCAUCUUUCUGAUAAUACCUUCAUGUACUGUAAGAAUUUGACCGAGCUCAAUCUCAGGUCCAACUCGAUUCAGAAAAUCCAAAAUAACCCCUUUAAAAACCAGAAGAAUUUAAUCAAAUUAGAUCUCUCUCAUAAUGGUUUAUCAUCUACAAAAUUAGGAGCCCAGGUCCAACUGGAAAAUCUCCAAGAGCUUUUAUUAUCCAACAAUAAAAUUCAUGCCCUGAGGAGCGAAGAGCUUGACUUCCUUGCCAAUUCGUCUUUAAAAAAAUUAGAGUUGUCAUCAAAUCAAAUUAAAGAGUUUUCUCCAGGGUGUUUCCACGCAAUUGGAAAAUUAUUUGGCCUCUGUCUGAACAAUGCCCCUCUGGGCCCCAGUCUCACCGAGAAGCUUUGUUUGGAGUUAUCAAACUCAAGCAUUCAGAAUCUAUUUCUGAGCAACGUCCAGCUGUUCACAACCAGCAACACGACGUUCACUGGACUAAAGGAGACAAAUCUCACCACCCUCGAUCUCUCCCAUAACAAUUUAAAUGCGAUUGGUAAUGAUUCCUUUGCGUGGCUUCCACACCUAGAAUAUGUUUCCCUGGAGUAUAAUAAUAUACAGCAUCUGUCAUCUCACUCCUUCCACGGCCUUUUCAAUGUGAGAUAUCUGAAUUUGAAACAAUCGUUUACUAAAAAAAGUAUCUCCCUUACUUCCCUCCCCAAGAUUGAUGACUUUUCUUUUCAGUGGCUAAAACGUUUAGAGUACCUAAACAUGGAAGACAAUGAUAUUCCAGGCAUAAAAAGCAAUAUGUUCACAGGACUGAUAAAUCUGCAAUACUUAAGUUUAUCCAGCUCCUUCUCAAGUUUGCAAACCAUAACAAAUGAGACAUUCUCAUCACUUGCCUAUUCACCAUUACUUGUACUCAACCUGACCAAAAAUAAAAUCUCAAAAAUAGAGAGCGGUGCUUUCUCUCUGUUGGGCCGUCUGAAAAUACUUGACCUUGGUCUCAAUGAAAUUGGGCAAGAGCUCACAGGCCAGGAAUGGAGAGGUCUAGACAAUAUUUUUGAAAUCUACCUUUCCUACAACAAAUACCUGCAACUGACUAGCAAGUCCUUUGCUUCGGUCCCAAGCCUUCAGCGACUGAUGCUCAGAAGGGUAGCCCUGAAGAACGUGGAUAUGUCCCCUUCACCUUUCCACACUCUUCACAACUUGACCAUUUUGGAUCUAAGCAACAAUAAUAUAGCCAACAUAAAUGACGAAAUGUUGGAGGGUCUUGAGAAACUAGAAAUCCUGGAUUUGCAGCAUAACAAUUUAGCACGCCUCUGGAAACGUGCAAACCCUGGUGGUCCUGUUUAUUUUCUAAAGGGUCUUCCUCACCUCCACAUCCUUAACUUAGAGUCUAAUGGCUUUGACGAGAUCCCACCGGGGGUCUUCAAGGACUUAUUUGAACUUAAGAGCAUCGAUUUAGGAUUGAAUAAUUUAAACAUUCUCCCACCAUCUGUCUUUGAUGCUCAGGUGUCUCUGAAGUCACUGAACCUUCAGAAGAAUCUCAUAACAUCAGUAGAGAAGGAUAUUUUUGGACCAGCUUUCAAUACUCUGAGUAAUUUGGAUAUGAGCUUUAACCCUUUUGAUUGUACAUGUGAAAGUAUUGCCUGGUUUGUUAAUUGGAUCAAUAAGACCCAUAUCAACAUCUCUGAUCUGUCAAGUCAUUACCUCUGCAACACUCCACCUCAGUAUCAUGGGUUCCCAGUCAUGCUUUUUGACACAUCACCCUGCAAAGACAGUGCCCCCUUUGAACUCCUUUUCAUGAUCAACACCAGUAUCCUAUUGUUUUUUAUCUUUAUUAUACUACUCAUCCAUUUUGAGGGCUGGAGGAUAUCUUUCUAUUGGAAUGUUUCAGUGCACCGAGUUCUUGGUUUUAAAGAAAUAGACAGACAACCAGAGCAGUUCGAAUAUGCAGCAUAUAUAAUUCAUGCCUAUAAAGAUAGGGUUUGGGUGUGGGAACACUUGUGCCCAAUGGAAGAGAAAGACCACUCUCUCAAGUUUUGCCUGGAAGAAAGGGACUUUGAGGCUGGUGUCCUUGAACUGGAAGCAAUUGUUAAUAGCAUAAGAAGAAGCAAAAAAAUUAUUUUUGUUAUAACACGUCAUUUAUUAAAAGAUCCAUUAUGCAAAAGAUUCAAGGUCCACCAUGCGGUUCAGCAAGCUAUUGAACAAAAUUUGGAUUCCAUUAUAUUGAUUUUUCUUGAAGACAUUCCAGAUUAUAAACUGAACCAUGCACUCUGUCUUCGAAGAGGAAUGUUUAAAUCUCACUGCAUCUUGAAUUGGCCGGUACAGAAAGAACGGAUAAAUGCCUUUCAUCAUAAAUUGCAAGUAGCACUUGGGUCCAGAAAUUCAGUACAUUAAAUUGAUUGAAAGAUUAAGUUAGCAAAGGAGAGACUUCCUAAAUUUAAAAAGUUCCAUGGUAAAUUUGAGUUUUACUUGAAAGUAAUGUAAUCCGUUUAUUCAUACUUGUAGGUAAUGACAUUAGAUCACAACUACAUGUCUUCCGUGGAAAUGUAUCUCCCUAUCCCAGGCCUCUUUUUGGCAACUGAUUGAAUUGGACCACAAAUAAAUAUAUAAGCACAUAAGAACAUCCUCUGCUAAUGAAUAUACAAUUGGUCACUGAGUCCUAUGACAACUAAUUAAGGCUUUUAAAUAUUUUCCAUUUAAGUAAAAGAGUUAUGUGGGGGUUUACUAUAGUCAUUUUUUAAGAUGUACUUAGAAUGAAAGAUCAUUGUUUUAAUGGGUAUUAUGCUCUUUCAGUUGUAAAACAGUAAAAUAUAUAACCACAUUUAUAAAAGGUUUGGUUACAGUAUUUUUCUCAGUUGAAAAAUAUUGUAUUUUAGUAGUGCCUGCCCCAGUGUGGGUUUUGUUAAAUGUUAAAUACCUUUUUAAUAUGCACAGCUAGAGGUAGAACAUAUUUGCAAUUCAUUUUGAUUUCCUAAGGAAAGAAAUAUUUUAAUGAAUAUUGUAUUUUCCUCAUAACAUUUCUGCUCAAGAGGAUAGAAACAAUUCUCUUACUUAAAAGUAUCACAGACAGGUUUGCUUUCUGAAGGGGAGUAAGUAGACUGGCUUUCCAGAAACAAAGAGUUUUCCUCCUCUGGUCAUAGACUCAGGAGAUAGUGUUGGUCUCACUGGGAUUCUUUGACACCUGAUCUUGAAAAUUAUGAUGACAAAUAAACUCUUAAAUAUUCCUAUAUAAAUAGUGAUGAUGAUACCACAUAUUUUUAUAAUAUAUUCAUAGGCAAUAUAUUAUUUUACCGUAAAAUAAUACGCUAUGUGUAAGUCGAUCAUUAUCUAGAAAGACUAUUGUUUUAUUUUUGGUUUACAAUAAAAUAGAAAAGUUUUUAUUUCUGUUUAACAAUAAAGACUCUAAUCAUUAGCUAUAGUUAUGAAUAGCUUUUUUGGGGGGAAAUAUUUAUAGUUCUGAUAUUUAAAUAUAAGAGAAAGUUGAGAUUAUAAGGCUGAGUUCAUUUCUGUACUUGAAAUACUUAUUUGACUGAUGAAUUUAGGGGGCAUUUGAGAAGUCGCAUUUGAAACUAAUUUAAGUAGUUUAAUAUUCUUGGGGCUAAAUUCACGUGACCCUGGAAUAAGUAACAUGCAGUGCUGAUUCUAAGAGUUUAUAGUCUGCCAACAGUGUGCGUGUAUGUAGGAUGUAUGUAAUUUUCACUUCCAUAUCAUUUACCACCCUAACCCCUGAGACACAUUCAAGUGUCUGAAUCACUAUUUUAGCUAAUAUUUCUUUUUUAACUGUGGGGCAAUCCUACUUUAUUUUGGUAUCAUAAAAUAAUCACUAUGAUUUCUUUUCUUGCUUCACUUUUGUAUGUUAUUAUCUACCAAUAGCCUCAAUUCUUUCAUUAAAAUGUUUUGUAAUCAA